AGAAGAAAGUGGGGGACGCAUCUGCGUUAGAGAGAGAGAGAGAGAGAGGGAGAGAGAUCGAAACGGCAAAAGCAAAAGAAGAGAGAGAGGGGGAGAGAGAGAGAGAAGCAGAAGGCUGCAAUGGCGAUGGCACUUCGUAGACUCUGCUCUUCCAUCAAUAAUCCUCCUCUUCGUUCCCUGCCUCAUGCCGGUUCCCUCUAUUACAUGUCAUCCCUACCAAGCGAAGCAGUUAGCGAGAGGGAGAAGUCUCGCAUCACUUGGACGAAGCAGUUGAACGCUCCGCUUGAGGAGGUAGAUCCAGAAAUCGCCGACAUCAUUGAACUCGAGAAAGCUAGGCAAUGGAAGGGAUUUGAACUCAUACCUUCCGAGAACUUCACAUCUGUGUCGGUGAUGCAAGCAGUUGGGUCAGUGAUGACCAAUAAGUAUAGCGAAGGGUAUCCUGGUGCUAGAUACUAUGGAGGAAACGAGUACAUCGACAUGGCUGAGUCCGUUUGUCAAAAGCGUGCUUUGGAAGCGUUUGGGCUGGAUCCUGCAAAAUGGGGAGUCAACGUGCAAUCAUUAUCUGGAUCCCCUGCUAACUUUCAAGUUUACACUGCACUACUGAAACCUCAUGAGAGAAUCAUGGCUCUUGAUCUUCCUCAUGGUGGACAUCUUUCACACGGAUAUCAGACUGACACCAAGAAGAUAUCUGCUGUCUCAAUAUUUUUUGAGACAAUGCCAUACAGAUUGGAUGAGAGCACGGGGUAUAUUGACUAUGAUCAGUUGGAGAAAAGUGCCACGCUCUUUAGGCCUAAAUUAAUUGUUGCUGGUGCAAGUGCUUAUGCACGACUUUAUGAUUAUGCGCGUAUCCGGAAGGUUUGUGACAAGCAGAAAGCUGUUAUGCUGGCUGACAUGGCCCACAUUAGUGGAUUGGUUGCUGCUGGCGUCAUCCCUUCUCCUUUUGAAUAUGCUGAUAUUGUGACAACUACAACACAUAAGUCACUCCGUGGCCCACGUGGGGCUAUGAUCUUCUUCAGAAAGGGGGUGAAAGAGAUUAACAAACAAGGGCAAGAAGUGAGGUAUGAUUAUGAGGACAAAAUCAACCAAGCUGUCUUCCCUGGACUUCAAGGCGGUCCCCACAAUCACACUAUUGCUGGUUUGGCAGUCUCCCUGAAGCAGGCCAUGACACCUGAGUAUAAGGCUUACCAAGAGCAAGUUCUCAGUAAUUGCUCAAAAUUUGCUGAGAGUUUAGUAGAGAAGGGCUAUGAACUUGUGUCUGGCGGAACUGAUAAUCAUUUGGUCUUGGUGAAUUUAAGAAACAAGGGCAUUGAUGGCUCUAGAGUUGAGAAGGUUUUAGAAUCUGUGCACAUUGCAGCCAAUAAAAAUACUGUUCCUGGGGAUGUGUCUGCUAUGGUGCCUGGUGGUAUCCGUAUGGGAACUCCUGCUCUCACUUCUAGGGGAUUUACUGAGGAUGAUUUUGUGAAAGUAGCUGAAUUUUUUGAUGCUGCUGUGAAGUUGGCCUUGAAGAUAAAGGCUGACGCCAAAGGAGCAAAGUUGAAGGACUUUGUAUCCGCUAUGAAAUCAGAUGUCUAUGUGUCUGAGAUUACAAAGCUCCGUCAUGAGGUCGAGAGUAUGCCAAACAAUUUCCUACAAUUGGUUUUGAAAAGGGCACAAUGAAAUAUAAGGACUGAUUGAUCAUCUUUACAAGCCAGAUUUGGUCGAUGGGCUGUCUUUUUAUAUCAACACAGGCUUGGGAGAGUUGAAGUACGGAUAAUUGUAGUGCCGAUCAUGAAGAAAGCAUGUUGUUGAGCUGAGAUUCACAGCAGCAGCAUGCAGCAAAAAUUGGGAUGCAUGUUUUACUUCUCACGAGGAAAGGGAAAAUAACAAUAAUAUAAAACGGAAAGGCAGGACUGCCAAUUUGUUGCAGAUGUGUAAAUUUUUUUAAUUUCAAUUAAUUCCCACGCAAUGUAUAAACAUUUUGGUGUUUGGUCACCUAGCCUUGUAUCUUGGCUUUUUGGUUGAUUCUGUUA